AUGGCACCCGCCGCCGAUCCCGUUCCCACACUUGCCAACGAGCUCCCUCCUCCGACUCAUCCCGACCGUCUGCGCGUUGACCGAAGCACCAAAGCGUUCGGUAGCGGGGCUUACUCUCUGAUCGAUCUCCCCGCCGGGGCUGUCUUUGCCAAGAUUACUACGGCUACCCCCGGCAAGAAGGCCUACACCACCGUGCAAACCGGCCGCGACUCCCAUAUUGAGCUCAAUUCCGACUUGGUCUUCUGCAACCACUCAUGUGCCCCCUCAUUGGUCUUUGAUAUGGGCCGAAUGGAAGUGCGAGUCGUGGAUGAUCGCCCUUUGAAGGCCGGCGACGCCCUCACCUUCUUCUACCCCAGCACCGAGUGGGAAAUGGACCAGUGCUUCCAGUGCACCUGCGGGGCAGGCGAGGGAGUCUGCCGAGGUUGGAUUUCUGGAGCCAAGACCAUGUCCACCGAGGAAUUGGACGGAUACUGGCUCAAUGGCCACAUCUCGGAAUUAUUGCACGAACGCAAGUGA